AUGAAUUGGCAAGAUGAACUCAAAGUCUUAAGCAAUGCUGGCGUUGAAAAAAAGAGGAACUCGUCUCUUAAAAAAAAGCUUUCGAUCAUAAAGAAGAUAAGGAACAUAGGGUCUGAGGAUGUAGACACCAUUAGGAACGAUCUGGCAUCAGAGGACAUGAGCAAGUUCACCUCUGAAAUAGUACCCUCAUUACUUCUGGCAAAGGUGCAGUCUGGGGACGACAUAAAGAAUGUUGUUCGUGUAACAUCUGCACUUAUGGCAUGCGGUGAUUUUGUGAUGCAAUUGAUGAAUGAGCUUGGGAAGGUUAUAAGAUGCGGAAUACAAGAUAUAGAGAGAUAUUGGCUUCCGGCCUAUUUCUUUGACAUGCAAGUUCUAACUAGAAGAGCCACUGGAAAGGAAGGGUGGAAAGAAGGCCUUAUCAAGGAUCUAUGCAGCAAGAUGGAUGUGAGGCCCAGGACUCUUUUCCUUGCAUACAUAACAGAGAACUACAAGGAUGAAGCAAUCCAAGCAGAGGUUAGAAGUCAAGCCAUGAAGAUAGGAUCUUUGACCAUUGAAGAUGAAAACGAAAGGUUUACAGCGGCGGCCCGAUCUCUUGGAAUAGAAGUUCAUGAUAAGGAAGGCGGCCCCAGGAAGGUGGUUGAUGUGGAAGAUGAGGAGUUCCUUUACUAUACUGGGCGCAUUACCUCACAGGAAUGUUAUGAUGGAGGCCUGGAUGUGAAGGAGAUAAGGGACUACAUUAUUAUGCACUCUGGGGACACAGAAAAGCUGGAUGGGCUGUCGAAGUACAUAAAAAAUGCAAGCAACCAGAGGGAGAUAAUCUCUGCGAUUAUGCAACUGAAACUUAAUCCUAAUUUUAUAACACCUAUAGCUAGGAUAUUGAAAAGUAUGGGGGGUGUUGGAAGAAAGAUUGCUGCAACUCUUUUCAAAGAGAUAUAUCAAUCGAAGAACAUCGGUCACAACGACGUAGUGUCCAACUGCCUGCUCAUAUCUGAGAUGUGUAAGUUUAGAGAGGUCUCUCCUGAUGAGAUGUUUGUGCUUCUUGAUCAUCUGUUUAAGAUUAAGAAUAUUGAGGCAUACUGUGCCUGCCUCAAUGGAAUAGGAAGAUACUUCCUUUUGAAUGAGUCGACUAGCCAUAGAAUCCGUGAAUUCAUUGAAAGAAUUAGAAACUACAAAGCUUCGAAGAUGGAUUUUAUACAUGCAAACAACUGCCUUUCGAGGGUUCUUUCACCUUCUCAGACAAUGCUCAAUGCAGACUAUAGGGGAUUUUUCAGGCACUUCUUUAGAAAGGAGACAUUCAGUGAGAAUUCCUCAGUAUGGAGCAGUCUUGUUAGAAGCAAGGCUACUCUUCUGACAAUCCUCCUACACCCGUGGGCCUUUGAAGAUACAGACUUUCUGGCAUCUCUUGUUCAUAAAGCUGAGAUACAAGUACAAGUGAUGAGAAUGAUGGUCCCCAGCAUCGAGAUUAUGUAUGAGCAUUCAAGGCACAAGUGUAUUGCCCUCGUUAGGCUUUAUUCAAGUCUUAUGCUGCUUGAGAGUAAAGAUACCUGGGGCCAUCUUAUUGAUAAAGUAUUUCAACUUGAGGUUGAUAACAGCUUUAAGUGCAAAAUAAUCAUAAUACUUCUUCAAAAGACGCCUGUCGAUAUGCAAAGACAAUAUAUCCCUAUAAUUAGGGCCUGCAUCGACUCGGAGGAUUCUCUUGACCUUAGGAUUCUUUUUUCUAAUUUUUGUGAAAGUAUUGGGAUUGAGUCCCAAAAUGUAGACUACGACGAUAGCUUUGAUGAAGAGCUCAGCUUCAUAAAGUCCUAUGCAUGA